AUGUUAGGGAUGCUCUUCGGCACGUCCAGUGCUACAGGUGCUUCUGCCUCAUCACAAUCAAAUAACAACUACAACAACACCACUCACAAUGAGGCUCCAAUGUCUCUCGAAUCCAGGCAGGAGGAUAUCCAUACCCGGAACCUCUUGUUCCCCGACACCGAUGCCUUGUACCAACACCCAAACGAGAACCUCUUCCCCUUGGGCUCCGGUCUUCCCAUGGCAUCCCUCGCAGGUGCCUUCGACUAUGACGGAGACGUCGACCUUGACACACGUCAUGUCCGCAUGCUCAUCAUGCAAGAUGCCGUUGCCUCCUUCCCAGCGCAACUGCUUUUCGACAGCCAUCCAGCUCCUCCAAAACCGCCUUCCAUGACCACAGGAGACCGUCCACCAACUGGUAUGGGAACUGUGCAGGACUCAUACAGGGGCCCAACUUCGCCGCGAAAGAGCAGUCUGAACCAGUCAUCACGGCCUCUGGUGAUUCAGCCGGACAGCCCCCAACCCCGCCAAGGAGCGUUCGAUCGCAGGGCCUCAAUGCAAGGCCGAACUCAAUCUCAAGCUGAGACGGACCUCCAGCGCGCACGAAGAGAGUACGCCGACGAAAUCCAUGCCUUUGCAGGCUCCGUAUUUGGAAAUUCGGAAUUAAUGGCCUACAAGGGAACUUCAACAAAGGUCCAUAUCGUCCCUACCGAAACCCGUCCUGAAUAUGGCGGCUCCUAUCUUGGUGACGGCCGCGGCUCUAUAGGUCGGUCGAGCAUGCGGUCCAGCAGGCUAGCACAGUCUUACACAUCGGACAACGUUUCGCCUCUGCAACCGCAACAAUCCUUCACUUCGUCUGCACCAAAUACACGGAGUCUUCCGGAAAGGAGGAAGAUUCUCAUUACCCGAUUAUUCCCUGUACUCUUGCCUAGCGAUGACGAGGCACAGAGUGACACGCCUUUGAGCCGAUUUUCAGAUCACAACACUGGCUUCCCGUUUCCGCAGUCUGCCGAAGACGCAAACGCCUCCAAGAAGAAGAAGUUGCAGCCCAAACAAAAACGUACACCAAUGUAUGCAGUUGUAUUGGUGGUCCAGCUCCCCCCCAGUACUGCGCAGAUGGUGCCUCCCUCCACCAUUCGGUCAACUUAUCGUGGUGCCAGCUCCUAUACAGAGCAGGACUCCUUCCCAUCCUCCAUGAGCUCGGCCCGUCGUUCAGGAUGGAACAUGUCUGGAUCCAACUUCCCCAUUGACUCCAUGGAUUCCAGUUGCUCGACAGAUGUUGACGAUAGGAUGGACACAGUUACUCAACACUGGGAUAUUAUUAUGCGAACUUUGACGCACCUCCAAGGGGUAGUUGCUACUACGCUUGGUGUGCUGCUAAAACAAGCAGACAUCUCUUCGCCGGACCCAUAUCCUCCCUCGGCAUCUUCGUACGCCAGCAGAGGUCCAUCCAUGGGUGGAAGAAGAAGCGACGAACCUCACUUUGUCAAGCCUCCCAAGACUAACGCAAAAGUCAUAGCUCUACAGCCUCACUGCUUACAGAACGAUAACACGAUUGUGCAAGAGGCUGAUGCUGCCAGGAUUCGAGUUGUGACGGGCUUGAGCGCCCAGCGGGUUAUCACAGCGCAGGGGAGAUGGGGUAUCUGGCGGGACGAAGCUAGGUGGAUGGCAAGAAAGGCUGGCGAGAAAGAACAUGGCUUCUUUUUCUUCAACCUCUUGACUGGCUUUCUUGCCACGCACACCGAUUGGCUAAACGCCAUGAGCCCGGCAUGGUACCGCAGAAAGCACUAUCAGCAACAAAAGGCCAAAGGCGAGGAUGAUCUAUCGCUCCCAGCACGAACCAUCAUCAUCUCGUCAGACAAGAUGAUGGCAAGACGUCUCAUCUUCCUCCUUUCUGCCUUUUUGCCAUCCCACCAGCACCUUUCUUCCACCAGAGCCCACCGACCGAGUACUUCAACCUCUUUUGGAGCUUUCUCCCAAUCGCCACCUUCGCUGAUUAUCCCAAUUCUCCGGGAAGAGUCAUUGCGGCGCAAGAUCAACCGACGGACAGGGCCAAGGAGAGUCUCGCAUUCCCGUACUGUUAGCCAAAGUACACGAGCCUCCGGUGUUCCACCUCAGCUUGCCCACUUGAGUAUGGAGAGCAAUCAUGAGAGACGCGUUUCGGACGCUGCCUCAAUCCGAUCAAACUUGCCCAUCCCUGGAAACGAUCAGGUCAGUCGGAAAAGUAGUGCAGCAACGACGACCACAAUCACCCCAGAGACGACAAUUCCACACUUUGCAACUGCUCAAAGGUUCGAGACCCGACGAAGUCUAAGACCUGGUAGCAGUGGCAGUGUUGCCGCUGAUGACCUCAAAAGGACACUGAAGCGUGGUGAAAGCUCGGGUCACGUCAGCUCGGCGAGUACAGAUUCUCGCAUGUCGGGCUCGCGUUGGGGUAGUGUUAUUAGCACGCUGUGGAACGGAAAGAGGAGGGAUUCGACAGGCUUGACCACUCCUAGCCAACCCUACAGCAGCAACCCUACAUCCCCCACCAAAUCAGGACCGGGAGGACGUCGAGAUAGGUUGGCAGAAAUGGUGAGGGAAGUCGGCCCUGAAGGGUACCGCCGAACAGACGAUCGCAUUCACAAGACCGAAAGCAAUGGCAACGGGCCUACAACCCCGCGGGGUUUCGAUGAUCAGGCUGUCGAAGAUGCUCCUGAGAGGGUCUCCUUCCCUGAGCGAGUUCCUGAUCCCAGCGGCGACUUCCGUUCUCCCGUCAAAACGUCAAUCAAUGCGGAGGACGGGGUCAUAGACGUUGAUAUCCCUUUCCCUGACUACAUCACCUCUUUCGAAACCGCGGUCAGCUCACCGUCGAGCAGCGGCUAUCUAUCUACGCCGGGCAUUGGCAACGGUUUGGAGGGCUUUGAGCAGUUUUCCCGCAUUACUAUCGACGGGGAUUCGCCGAUGAAUGUUGCCGGCUUCCUCCAGCGAUAUCAUCAGGACUUCAUCCUUCAGGCGGUUCCUCCCCAGGAUACCCUCAUGGAAGACAUCAAGAGGUCUAUGCGCGCCGAGCCGACCCCUUUCAUCACGCAACCCUUCUACUCUGCCGAGCAGCCCGCCGAUCGAUGGGUUGACGUUAGCAGCGCUCUAAUUGCAGACACGACGACGCAUACGAUCAAGCGAAUUCGAUACCGCCGACUCAUCAGACCGAAACCAUUCACAGAUAGGUCAGCACCUCUCGGAUCUGCGGGUUCGAGCGCCUAUGGCAAUGCUCCUAUGACGCCGUCUAUACUUCCCUACGAAAUGCAGCUGGACGACGAGUUCAUCGAAGAGCCCAUUGCAAGCCUCGACGAGGUGCUCAUUGACGCCGUCGAGAGAGUCAUUGCGCAGAGCAACGAAGUGAGCAAACAGAGCUCAUCGAAUUCGUCCCGGUCAACGAGCAAGCGACGAGAUCGCAGCAAUAGUGAAGCAUCGGUCUCCGUGGAUUCUCGUCACACCACCCGCAUGCCGGUCCCGUCUCAAGAAGUGCCUCGGGACCAAUGCAAGACGGUUGUCUUAUCCGCUCUCGAUGAGAUUAUUCGUGAUGUCAUUGGGGAACGAGACCAUGACACGCCUGAUGCUACCGUCCACGCGGUAGACAGAGAUCGAGAAAGCACUCUCAAAGAGGCUGUUCGGGUCUGGCUCGAGGCUGUUGACCCAAGCGAGCAAGACUGA